CGUCUUCUUCCUCCGCUGCAAAUGGCCAACUUUCUUCUUCACCUAACAAAGUAAAAGCUCCAGUUUUUCAUUUUCAGAAAAAAAAAAAAAAAACUCUAAUUUUUCUUCUACAAAUUUUCAUAAUCUCGAUAUCUGCUAACAUUUAAAUGUCGUCUAGAUCAAGCAAGGACCUUCUUAGUUUCACUGAAGAUCUCCUUACCCGGGUCUAUGAGAAACUGGGUUCUGAGUCAGAUCGCAAGUCGUGGAGGCUUGUGUGCAGAGAGUUUCUCCGGGUCGACUCGUUGACCCGUAAUCAUCUUCGAGUUCUCCGGGUUGAGUUUUUGCAGAGUCUCCCUGGGAAAUACCCGAGGCUCCAAAGUCUGGACCUUUCGGUUUGCCCGUGCAUCGAUGACGGGACUUUUUCUCUGCUUCUGAAUCGACAUGCGUCGGGCUCGGAAUCCGGCUCGCUGAGUUGGUUUAGUUGGGCUCGGGGGCUGAAGCGUUUAACGCUCAGUAGAGCCGCCGGGUUAGGGUUCAUGGGCUUAGAGGCGCUGGUGCAUGCGUGCCCGUCUCUGGAAAGUGUCGACGUGUCGUAUUGUUGUGGGUUCGGAGACCGGGAGGCGGCGGCGCUGUCCAACGCGGCGAGGUUGAGGGUUUUGAAGAUGGAUAAGUGUUUGAAUGUGAGCGACGUGGGAUUGGCUAAGAUCGUGGUGAGGUGCGGGAAGCUGGAGCGGCUGAGCUUGAAGUGGUGCAUGGAGAUAUCGGAUCUUGGCGUCGAUCUUCUGUGCAAGAAAUGCCUCGACUUGAAGUUUCUUGACAUUUCUUACCUCAAGGUGACAAAUGAGUCUCUCCGAACUAUUGCCACCCUACAGAAGCUUGAGGUUUUGGCUAUGGUGGGAUGUCCGUUAGUGGAUGAUGUUGGCUUGCAGUUUCUUGAGAAUGGAUGCCCUUUGCUACAGGGAAUUGACGUAUCAAGGUGUGAGUGUGUCAGUUCAUCUGGUUUAAUCUCCGUAAUUAAAGGGCAUGGCAGUCUCCGAGAGCUUAAUGCAAGUUAUAUUCUUUCUGAGCUCUGUACAACAUUUCUUCACUGCAUAAAGGGCUUAAAGCAUCUUGAAAUGAUUAGAAUUGAUGGCUCUAGAAUUGCUGAGCCUAGCUUCUCAGUAAUUAGCAACUACUGCAAGUCUCUGGUAGAAAUUGGUCUGUGCAAAUGUGUAGGAGUGACCAACAUGGGCAUCAUGCAACUUGCAUCUGGAUGCAUCACCUUGAGAGUCCUUAAUCUGACUUGUUGCGGUUCCAUUACUGAUGCUGCAAUUUCUGCCAUAGCAGAGUCAUGCAGGAACCUUGUGUGCCUGAAGUUAGAGUCUUGUAACAUGAUUACUGAGAAGAGUCUUUAUCAGCUUGGAUCCUUUUGCUCAGUACUGGAGGAAAUUGAUCUUACAGAUUGUUGCGGUGUAAAUGACAAAGGACUUGAAUAUAUGUCCAAUUGUUCAGGACUAAAGUGCUUGAAAUUAGGAAUUUGCACAAAUGUGUCUGAUAAAGGACUGUUCUCCAUUGGUUCCAACUGUCCAAAGAUUCAUGAACUGGAUCUAUACUGCUGUUCAGGUAUUGGUGAUGAGGGUUUAGGUGCUUUAUCUAUGGGUUGCAAGAAUUUGAUGAAACUAAACUUGUCCUACUGCAAUGAAAUUACUGACAGAGGGAUGGAGUAUAUCAGCUGUCUGGAGGAACUCUCCGAUCUUGAAAUGCGAGGACUUGAGAAAGUUACUGGUACAGGUUUGGCAGCAAUUGCAGCUGGGUGUAAGAGACUAGCUGACUUGGAUUUGAAACAUUGUGUCAAAGUCAAUGAUUCAGGCUUUUGGGCACUUGCUUGCUACGCAAAGAACCUUCGACAGGUAAUUUCCUGAUUUUGAACAAGAUAAUAUGUUUUUUAAGUUUCUACAGGAACAGUAAUAAUCAUGCAUUACAACAUAUGUGGGGAAAAUUCAAUGGAAACAGGAUAUUGGAAUUUCUUUUGCUCUGAGACUACAUCAAUUUAGUACCAUAUGUCGUAGAAUGCUUGUGAUGAGGAAUUUAGACUUUUUUUUCCUUUUUAACUGUACUAUGUUUUAGAAUGAAUUAUAUAUGUGGAGUCAGAAUCAACUUCCUUUCGUGUAAGUCUUUCAUAAAUUAUUAGCCAAUGAUUUCACAAAUUUGACAGUUUAAAUGAUAUGUUAUAUUUAAUCAUAUCUCAACCAUAGGAUUUGUAAAUCAGCUGAUGGUAAUUUAUUAUUGUGCAAGACUUGUAGCUUUUUAAGUGGAUCCUGACUCAUUUUUGAGUUUCUAUUUAUUGUAUAGAAUAUAAACAUUUGGCAUUA